AUGAAAUCUAUUUUCAUAUUUGCAGCAAGCAUACUGCUUGACACCGCUGUUGCAAGUCCGGCCCGUACAACAAAUGAUGUGAAAAGAUCUAUAUCAUCGCAGCUCGCAUAUUUCCCGGCUGCUUCUCCUGUCGGAACUGGUGUCAUCAUUUGUCCCGGCGGAGGAUAUUCGCACCUGUCUCUCGUCAAAGAGGGAUCCACCCCGGCCGCUUGGCUAAAUGACCUGGGCAUCGAUGCAUGGGUUCUCACCUAUACGACUACAGCGAACCAGUCUGCUCCUCUGUACCCUACACCGCUUGUGGAGGCACUUGAUGCCGUUGAGUACGUCAAGAGCCAAGACGUGGUUACCAAGCUGGGCAUUUGGGGCUUCUCGGCUGGGGGCCACCUCGCCGCCGUAACCGUCACGAAUCCCGCGGCCGACCUGGACUUUGGCAUACUGGCCUACCCCGUCAUUAGCAUGGGGGAAUACGCGCACAAGGGCUCCCGCGACAACCUCAUUGGCGCCAACGCCAGCGCCGAGCUCACGUUCAACACUUCGGCGCAGAACCUGGUCAGCUCCACGACGCCGCCCACGUUUCUUUUCCACACUGCAGAUGAUGCUACCGUCAAUGUCCAUAAUUCUCUCCUCUAUGCCGCUGCUAUGGCCAACUAUUCGAGGCCGUUCCAAACUCUUAUUCUCCCGGAUGGAAGCCACGGACUUGGACUAGCGCUGGAUGAUGCUCAGCGGAAUUGGACGCCUGAGUUGGAACGAUUUAUCACGUACUCGAUUUAG